UGCGGCAGUGGCUGCUAAAAACGUAUUUGACUUGGAGAAGUUAAGAGAAACCAUCGAAGGUGAAAAAAACGAUAAGUUCACCUUGAAAUUAACUAAACGGGAUCCGAAAAACGUAUUCAAGUUCCCAUUCCAAAAAUCAAAUCAUAAAAGGGACCAGAUUGUAUUUCAAUCCCAUGAUAACUACUUGGAGUCGGUUAUUUCUCAAGUGAAUGAAAUCUCCUUUUUCGCUUCUUAUAUAAGAGAUGAUUUAAAGUUUUCCAAAUUAGUGGAGGAAGAAGCUCAUUCUAUGGUUAUAAUUGCUCCCACUAAUAACGCUCUUGAAUUUAAAUUGAAUGGUUUAAAACCUUGGGAGUUUCCUAAUCCAAUCCAAGAUGAUGACUCCGACGAAAAAGUAAUCCACGAUAACUUGAAUAGCUUCUUAUCUGGUCACGUUAUCAAAUCGAUUGACUCUUUGAAUCAAAAUGAUGACCAUUUAAAGUCAAAUAUAAUUGAAGGUACUUUAAUCAACGGUGAAUCGGUCUUGAUUAAACAGGAUGCUAACACUGGGGCUUAUCAAAUUGGAUUGAACGGUGGGUUCGUUCCGGUUAUUAAUUCAAUUCUGACUAAUAAUGGUUACUUGUUUAUUAUCGAUGACGUUUUAGUUCAUCCUUAGGGUUUUUAUGGUUUUUUUAGUUCUUAUCAAUAUAUAUUUCUAUUAUUUUAUGUAAUACAUAGUCUUAUAAAACGUUUACCCCGG